AUGAGCGCCACUUUACUAGCUAAGAAUAUUAAAUUCAACCCUUCUACUGAUAAACUAUUAACUGUUGCCGCUGGUUGUUACUGGGGUACUGAGCAUGUUUUCAGAAAACAUUUAGGUGAUAGAAUCAACGAUUGUAAAGUUGGUUUUGCUAAUGGUAAUGAUGAAAAGAAAGAUUUAGGUGACUCUAUAUCUUAUAAGAGAGUAAAACAAGGUGAUACAAAUUUUGCUGAAGUUUUACAGAUAUCAUAUAAUCCAAAAGUGAUCACUUUGAAAGAACUUGUAGAUUUUUUCUUUAGAAUUCAUGAUCCAACUACUGUUAAUUCUCAAGGUCCAGAUGUUGGAACUCAAUACAGAAGUGCCUUAUAUGCUCAUUCCCCAGAAGAUCUAACUGAAAUUAAGGCAUUAAAGGAACAAUGGCAACCAAAAUGGGGUAACAAAAUUGUCACUACUGUCGAAUUGAUCAAGAACUUUUAUGAAGCUGAAGAUUACCAUCAAUUAUACUUGGACAAAAACCCAGAAGGUUACGCUUGUCCAACUCAUUUCGUUAGAGAUAUUUAA